GGUGGGAGAGGAUUGUAUGGAGCGGAGGGAUGCGGCCGAGUGGCAAGAGCGCCGCCAGUGACACCCUGACCUGCUCGCAGUUGACAUGAGCAACCUGACGGCACCGCAACUUGUGCGUCACCUGCUUUUCACCAUCUACAAGGUGCCCUCGCUGGAAGACCUCCAGCAGGAGAAGUGUGUGAAUGUCCAGGUGCUGCCGGAAGAUGAAAAAUGUAUGUUUGUGCAAGAGGCGGCCGACUGCCUUACCGAGAGUUCUUUUGUGCCAUACUUGUACCUGCUGUAUUGCGACUUCUCAACUUCCUCCAGAUACCUGGGCGUCGCUAUUUGCGUAGGAUGGCUUGUCCUCAUGUUUUUCUUGCUCGGCAAAUCAGCCAACGACUUCUUUUGCCCAGCUUUAACUGUGAUCGCAAAGGUCUUGGGCCUCUCGGAAAGUUUGGCUGGUGUAACUGUCCUGGCCUUUGGAAAUGGCUCUCCGGACAUAUUUACCUCACUCGCUGGUGCACCCAGAGGUCGAUCGGAACUCAUCUUCGGAGAACUGAUUGGGUCCGGUCUGUUUGUGACCACAGUCAUAGCGGGUGCCAUCAUCACCAUCAGACCCUUCAAGGUCAUGGACAGGUCCUUCCUUCGUGAUAUAAUUUUCUACCUUGGCGCCGUGUACUGGACCUUUUACAUUUUUUACAAAGGGGUGGUCACCACCUGGGAGGCAGUUGGUUUCAUCAUUCUUUAUUUGGUUUACAUUACUGUGGUACUAACAGAAAGAUUUUAUAUCAAGUCACAACCUCCAAUAGUGAUUGUUGAUGCGGAGCAAGACAUUGAAGAGGCCAGAUCAGACGCAAGCAAAUCUAGUUUUGAGGCUUCGUCCAGGAGUCUUCCGGAGUCUCCAACUCAAGACAAAGUGGAGCAGACAAAGCGCACCAGAUCUCACACUGUCAGCACAGUGCAGGAGCUGGCCAUCCACCAAGAAAGACUGAGUCACCUUUGGAGUCAGGGAUUGAGGGAGGAAAUUAUGUCUUCACCAGAAGUGGGCCCUGAUGAAACAACCCCACUCCUGUCAGGCACACAUUAUCCAGCCAAAGAACAUUCAUCAAAACUUAUCUGGAGGGAGCUCAAGGCAGGCUUAUCAGAGGUGACGGGACCUACGGAAGCAAACCAGUGUUUUCCCAGCAAAUGUCUGCACUGGCUCCAGGCACCUGUUGUGCUCUCGUUAACCCUUUUGGUACCAGUUGUCAAUUACACCGCACCCAAACAUGGAUGGUGCCGUCCUCUGAAUGCCCUGCACUGUUUCACAUGCCCACUUUUUUGUCUUUUUGCUACUCAAGUUGCCACGGUGUCUUUGGUGUGGCCGUGGCUGCAGUUGUGGGUGAUCGCUGGUGUCAUUGGAGCUUUUGCUGCAGUUUGGGUAUUUUAUUCGACUGAGCCCGAUCGACCCCCUCGAUAUCAUAAUGUUUUUGCAUUUCUCGGAUUUGCUGGAUCAGUGGUAACAAUAUACAUGGUGGCAAAUGAGGUCGUCAACUUGCUGAGAGCUAUUGGUAUACUCUCCAACCUCAGCGACACUAUGCUCGGCAUGACUGUACUUGCUUGGGGUAAUAGUAUUGGAGAUUUCAUCACGAAUUUUUCAAUCGCCAGGCAAGGAUUUGAGAGGAUGGGAUUUUCGGCCUGCUUUGGAGGGCCACUGUUCAAUAUUUUAUUAGGUAUUGGGAUUUCAUUCACAAUGGCAACCAUAGAGAGUGGAGAGAACAAAAUUUAUAUUCAUUACGGAGAGGUUGGCCCUUUGAUAGCCCUUUUUCUCGCAUUGAGUCUCGUAUCGUCACUCAUCGCCUUCCCUCUGAUGGGAUUCACCACAAAACGCAGCUACGGCAUUUACCUCCUUUCCCUCUACUCCCUAUUUUUGUGUGCAACCAUUCUUUUAGAGGUUGAUGUCCUUCCUCUCAACUGGCUCCCAGCCUCCAGAAUAGCUGCGCCAGUCACAAAGUCGCCUUUGUAGUGUUAUUUAAAUCUUAGCACUUGUUUAAACUUGUUACUAUUAUACAUUUUGAUUAUUACCUCAUGAGAGUGGCUACAUGCUAAAGCAUUUUAUCAACGGUUUUCAUUCAAAAUGAGUAAAUGUUAAGCUUUUCUCUUACGUUGCAUAAUUGUUUCAUCAGUGCUGCACACCUUU